AUGGCUUCUUCCAAUGUAAGGCUGUUUCAUCCAGGCACCGACAUCUCCUCUCCAGCUAUGAAAGCCCUGGAUGGCUUCUUCCAAUGCACCGACAUCUCCUCUCCAGCUACGAAAGCCCUGGAUGGCUUCUUCCAAUGUAAGGCUGUUUCAUCCAGGCACCGACAUCUCCUCUCCAGCUACGAAAGCCCUGGAUGGCUUCUUCCAAUUUUGUUGGUUAAAAUCCGAGAUAAGCUCCUGACUGCAAGAAUCCGUGCUUCCGCUGGUGGUCCGAGACUCUGGGCCAGGGGCGUGGCUCCAGUCAAUUCCGCACAGCCCCACUCCGUGGAGCCCCUCGUCUCCCUCGUCCCACCCCCGGUCCCGUGGAGCCCCUCGUCUGCCUCAUCCCACCCCCGGUCCCGUGGAGCCCCUCGUCUGCCUCGCCCCACCCCUGGUACCCUGGAGCCCCUCGUCUCCCUCGCCCCACCCCCGGUCCCCUGGAGCCCCUCGUCUCCCUCGUCCCACCCCCGGUCCCGUGGAGCCCCUCGUCUGCCUCGUCCCACCCCCGGUCCCCUGGAACCCCGAGUCUCCCUCGCCCCACCCCCGGUUCCCUGGAACCCCGAGUCUCCCUCGCCCCACCCCCGGCCCCCUGGAGCCCCUCGUCUCCCUCGUCCCACCCCCGGUCCCUUGGAGCCCCGUCCUCUCCCUCGUCCCACCCCGGUCCCGUGGAGCCCCGAGUCUUCCUCGCCCCACCCCCGGUCCCCUGGAGCCCCUCGUCUGCCUCGUCGCACCCCCGGUCCCCUGGAGCCCCUCGUCUCCCUCGCCCCACCCCUGGUCCCGUGGAGCCCCCAGUCUCCCCAAGCCUUUUGCCCAGCAGCGCCCCCGUCUCCCCGCCCCUCAGCCCUGGCUCCCUGGCUCCCUGGCUCCCCAGCCCCACUUCCCCUUCCCCCAGCUCCUCCGCUCCGGCUGCCCCUCCACCCUCUCCAUCCCCGCCCGAGAGCCGCGGGCGCGCAGGCGUAG